CAAAACUAUCGGUAACUACUGGCACUAGUUAGCGGUGGAAAUCCCUCUAAGAAGUCGGAAUACUUUUGCUCAGCUUAGGUGCGGGAAAUACGCAGACAAAUGUCGCUUGUUUUUCCGCCCUGACACUCGGAGCUGACCGGCGGAGUAAAACGUCUCAACCGUUAGGCAACGGUUUCCGCUCGUGCCGUGUUGUGAUGGCUAGCCGUCGCUGCUAGCGCCGCAAGCUAAAACUAUGGCUUGUGUUGCUGUUAGGAUAAUCAGCGAAGGCUGCUCUGCUUCGGCUGCUAGUUAGUAGCAGACAGCUCGCCAUCUCUGUCGUUAAGCCUAGCUUUACUUGAAAAGCGUCGGAUAUCACAGUAAGGAAGAUCAUCAAAUGGAAAUGGAAAUAUGAUAUUUUUACCCAAUGGAUUACUCAUCAUGCCAUUUGAAUCUAUGGAGUACUUUGCCUUUCUGUAUCAUGUUCACCAUUAAAUCAGACCCGGAGUUCUGCAGAAACAUCAUGUCCUUACAUUUGGAUUCAUUCAGCAGUUUGUAAAUAUCACUCAUUGCUGGAUGUGCUGGAUCUUAACCUUUUGUUUCCUCAACGUUUUUCUGGUGGAACAUUAAGUAUGUGUCUAUCAAGGUUGGACAUGCUCGGAUACCUGUAAACAUUAGCUUGAUUUCUUGUUAAGGAAGCCCCAAAUAAGGAAGUGCAGGGCUGGAGAAUCUCACAAAAACUACCAGUUCUUAGAGAAACAUGGCCUCGGUGUGGAAGAGACUGCAACGCGUGGGGAAGCAUGCCUCCAAAUUCCAGUUUGUGGCUUCAUAUCAGGAGCUGAUGGUAGAAUGCACAAAGAAAUGGCAACCAGAUAAAUUGGUAGUGGUUUGGACACGUAGAAGUCGUCGGAAGUCAUCUAAGUCCCAUAGCUGGCAGCCCGGCAUCAAAAACCCAUACAGAGGAGUUGUAGUGUGGCCGGUACCAGAGAACAUUGAGAUUACUGUCACUCUCUUUAAGGAUCCUCAUGCAGAAGAGUUUGAGGACAAGGAGUGGACAUUUGUCAUCGAAAAUGAGUCUCCAUCAGGACGGAGGAAGGCUUUAGCCACCAGCAGCAUAAACAUGAAGCAGUACGCCAGUCCUAUGCCCACUCAGACAGAUGUCAAACUCAAGUUUAAACCCUUGUCGAAGAAGGUGGUGUCGGCCACACUGCAGUUCUCUCUCUCCUGCAUCUUCCUCCGGGAGGGAAAGGCCACUGAUGAGGACAUGCAGAGCCUGGCCAGCCUGAUGAGCAUGAAACAGGCGGACAUCGGCAACCUGGAUGACUUUGAGGAGGAUAAUGAAGAAGAUGAGGAGAACAGGGUUAACCAAGAGGAAAAGGCCGCCAAGAUUACAGAGAUAGUAAACCAGUUGAAUGCCCUCAGCUGCUUACAUGGGGAUGGGGAUGAUGAUGAUGAUGGUGGUGGUGGAGGUGGUGGAGGUGGUAUUCCCAAGCGAGCACGCAAAGCAACAGCUAAGCCUGCUGCUUCCUCCCAAGAACUGAUCAACAAGCUGAACUUCCUGGAAGAUGAGGAUCAGGACACUUCUCCUGCCAUGACUUCCAAUCCCUUCGAUGACCCUGAUGGUGGCCUUCAACCCUAUCCCUUUAACCCGUUUGGUGAACUGGAUCAGGAAGAGCCCCCUCCCCAGCCGGCUUUAAGGCCGCGGGUUGAUGAGGACUCCUAUGACUACAACGACUCAAAUCCGUUCAGUGAGCCGGAUGGACUGGAGACCCGUUCAGCUCCUGGGAACCCAUUUGAUGAGCCCGACCAGGACAUGGAGCUCCAACCAGACCCAGAACCUCCCAGGCCCAAGCAAACGAAAGGAGUACGGCCAGUCGACAUGAGCAAGUACCUGUAUGCUGACACCCCUCACAAUGAGGAAGAUGAGCUUGAUGAAUCCAAUCCAUUUUAUGAGCCAAGGACAUCAAGCCCAGCACGUCCACCUGCCGGCAGCCCCUCUCCUGAUGUUGGCAGUAACCAGAAGAGGAGGGCUCCUCCACCCCCGAGUAUCAGCACAGGUCUGGGCCCCAGUCCACCAACCUCCAAACCCAGCUCUGGCCCAGAUGGGGAGAGAGCCCAGCCCGUCGGUCCCAGCCCACUGGCAGCAGUGUUUGGGAGAGAGCUGACCUCCUCUUCCCCAAAGCCUAGCCCUGCACCAAGUCCAGUUCUUGGAGGGAAACCCAAUGCCAGUCAGUCCCUGCUGGCCUGGUGUCGCGAGGUCACCAAGAACUACCGUGGGGUGAAGAUCACCAAUUUCACCACCUCCUGGAGGAAUGGGCUGGCCUUCUGUGCCAUUCUGCACCAUUUCAGACCUGACGUAAUAGACUACAAGUCGCUCAAUCCUCAGGAUAUUAAAGAAAACAACAAAAAGGCAUAUGAUGGCUUUGCGAGUCUGGGGAUCUCUCGUCUCCUGGAACCAUCCGACAUGGUGCUCCUCGCUAUUCCUGACAAGCUCACAGUGAUGACCUACCUGUACCAGAUCAGGGCUCAUUUUUCUGGUGAGGAGCUCAACGUGGUGCAGAUAGAGGCCAACAGCAGUCGCAGCACCUACAAAGUGGGAGACUUUGAAACGGAUACUAACGCCUCUAUAGACCAGGACAAGUUCUAUGCUGAACUGAACGACGUGCAACACCAUCAGGCUAACUCUGAGCCCGUUACAUCUACCGGUGAUGUUCCGACUGAAUCUAAUGGCGCCGCGGCUGCCAAAGGGGGAAUGAUGGAGCCACGAGCUGAAGUAGAGUCAACCAGCUCCCCAGCAGCAUGUCCCGUACAGUCCUCACCUCCUGUCCCGUCACCACGCACAGUAUUAGCUGCAACAGCUACAAACUCAGCCCACGUGGCCCCGCCAGGCUCCGAGGACAGAGGGAGUCUACUCAAAGCCAACACUUUAGAUCUUUGUGAGUUACCGCAAAGAGUGGACAGAGAGAUGGAGAUGGACCCACAACACCAGGAGGAGGUGUUAGAGGAUAGAGGAGAGAGAAGUAAUGAACCAUCGUCCCCUACAAGGAGAGGAAACUGUUUAUCACACUUCUCCUAUAACAGGGACGCAGACCUCAUUAAAAAAAAAAGGGCCAGUCUGCGUCACUCAGAGUCAGAGCCGGCUACGAACACCAAAUCCACUCCAGUCAACCACACAGAUACCCCCAUCAAACAGGAGCCAUCAGCUGCCCCUAUACCAAGUCCUCCAUCUGAGAAGAAAGGACUUUCUCGUCAGGAGGAGUUGAAGGAGAGAGCCAGGCUGCUGUUGGAGCAGGCCCGCAGGGAUGCUGCCAUGAAAGCUGGUAACAAGAACGCCACCAACUCAGCAGUCACAGCACCCAACAGGACUUCAGGCAUCUCUGAUGAGCGGGAUGCAGAGCGGCGGAGACAACUACGAGAAAGAGCCAGGCAGCUUAUAGCCGAGGCUCGAUCCGGAGUCAAGAUAUCUGACAUGAGCCUGCUGGAUCCGACUAACAUGGAGAGAAGCAAAGGCAGCCCCGCCGGGUUUGCAGGAGAUGUUUUGGGCAGGUUGAGAAGUCUUGAGGGGGAGGAUGUUGAUGGUGAAAAGAGUAAGGAUGAGGAACAGAGUAGGGCAGAGGAAGAACAGCCCCACUUCAGGGAUGGUGCUCCAGAUUGUGUUGAUGCUGCCUUGUCUGCCUCUGCUCACGUUACUAACCAGCUACCACAGGAGGCCCUUCCGACCACAUCCAGCGCCCGGGGGUACCUGGAGCUUACUAACCCUGCCUCUGAGCUAACCUCUCUGGGCACUAACAGUAAACAUGUAGAUCUGAAGCUGAAGAAGCUAGCAGAGACCAGUCCAAGAGUAGUAACUUCCCCUUCAUCUCCUUCCUCCUCGUCCUCCUCAUCCUCACCGACUACCUCCUCGGCCUCUCCACUCAGCCCUGCAGGAUUGGAGAACAAUGCAGAAGAGCUGCGGGCAGAGCGUCUGCGCAGAGCCACGGAGAAGCUGCGGAGUCCAGUCGUUUUCAACAAGGAUUCUGCUGUGAGGAAGACUCAGCUGAAGUCCUUCAGCCAGUAUGUGGAAAACAGACCAGAAGUGAAGCGACAGAAAUCUGUUCCUGAAGAAUUAAGGAAGGCUGAUGAGGACAGAGGCUCACUGACAGAAGCUGACUUUCACAGGCCGUUUGAAGAAGAGAAGGCGUUCAAAGACACCAGUCAGUAUGUGGUUGGGGAGCUGUCUGCGCUGGAGAGCGAGCAGAGGCACAUAGACGCCCGAGCAGCUCGCGUGGAGAAGAGGCUGCGCUAUCUCAUGGACACAGGCAACAACAAGGAGGAGGAAGAGGCCAUGAUGCAGGAGUGGUUCAUGCUGGUCAACAAGAAGAACGCCCUCAUCAGGAGACAGAACCAGCUCUCUCUGCUGGAGAAAGAGCACGAUCUGGAGAGACGAUUUGAGCUUCUGAACAGAGAGUUGAGAGCCAUGCUGGCCAUCGAGGACUGGCAAAAAACUGAAGCCCAGAAGAGACGAGAGCAGCUGCUGCUGGAUGAACUGGUCAUACUGGUCAACAAACGAGAUGCACUGGUCAGGGACCUGGACGCCCAGGAGAAAGAGGCCGAGGCAGAGGACGAGCACCUGGAGAGGACGCUGGAGCAGAACAAAGGCAAGAUGGCAAAGAAAGAGGAGAAGUGUGUCCUUCAGUGAUCAUCAGUGAACAAACCAACAACUGUAGCCGAUAAAAGAAAUGUAUCAUCAUGAAUAUUCUCACUUUUACUAUUGUUUGAUAGCAGCUUUUAGACAUUUCUGUCAGUUCUUGGAAUCCUGACGAGGUUUUUAGUCCAAUUAACAGCAGAGACUGAAACUUUGCACCAACUUUAUGCGGACUCACGGUUCUACUUUGAUUUUUUUUUUUUUUUUUGUUCAUUUUAACUCAAGGUUAUUAAAAAUGGUACCUUUAUGUAAUAUAAAUAUCUCUUUGAGACGAGCGCAGAGCAGAUAGGGUGAUGUUUGUAAUGAUGCUGCAGCACAGCUUCCUUUGGCUGAAUGUGGACACCAGGUACAGCACAGCUGGGUUCCAUCAUCAUCUCCAGAUAAUACGUUUUUUAAGAAAAGAACAGAAAAAAAGAGAUCGGUUCUUUAUUACUUGACUUUUAGUUGCAUCACUUUUUAACUUGUAAAAUAUCUGAACUGCAUUACUGUUCAUGUAAAUCUUUCCUAUUGUUUAUUUUUUAUUGUCUUGGCUUCAAACCAAAAGAAAUAGUAAAGAAAAAAAUAAUUCUUGUAUAUUUUCAUCCACGAUCUGCUUUCCACAUCCUCCUUUAAAUCACUGCAGUCUGAAACAGCAGAUUUCUAUAUUAUUUAUUGUGGUUUGUCCUAUAAGCUGCGUGUGAGUGAGUAUCCCAUCACAUUUCAUGUGCGUUUUUGCUCAGCAACUUUUUGGUUCCUAUUUAUUGUUUUCAGAAGAGGAGGAAAAUAUGCUUCCACUUGCAUCUCGUAGAGCUCCACAUGUCCUUUACCUGUGAACAUGUAUCUGAUUAUUUAUUCCAGUCAUAACCCAAGUCUCCAGUAAUAAAGUCUUUAUGAUUUCAUACUUCA